AACUCGUGAUAAACACGUGUUUGGAGUCAAACACAUCAACAAUACAUUUAAAUCAUUGAAUUGCAGUCCAUUUGACACAACUAUUGACCAAAUGUCUGAAAGUGAUCCCAAGAGUGACCCCAAGAGUGACAAAAGGACUCAAUUCGGCAGUAGAUAUCUGACAGACGAGAGCAAUGUCUUCCAACACAACGCGUGGGAUGACGUGGAAUGGGAUGAGACAUUCAAAGAGACCAUUGAAGCCAAAGUGAUGGAGAACUCAGUGAAGAGGGUGUCAGACGAAAGAGUGGAUCAUUUGGACAAAAACGCGAAUAUAUUUUGGGAUCAGUUUUACGACAAACACGAGAAUAAGUUCUUUAAGGACAGGCACUGGUUGUUGACUGAAUUCCCGGAACUCAACACCACUGCCAAGUCAUCCCAAGAGAGUGAUAGUGAGGCGAUAGAGUGGCCAACAGUUAAUAUUCUUGAGUUGGGAUGUGGUGUCGGGAAUACAGUGUUUCCGGUCCUCCAAAUCAAUUCAAACCCAAAUCUAAUGAUAUAUUGCUGUGACUUCUCGUCGACUGCCAUAUCAUUAGUGAAAGGAAAUGCAUUAUACGAUCAAAAGAGAUGCAAUGCUUUCACUCUUGACAUAACUGGCGAGGACUGGACGGUUCCCUUCCCUAAAUGCAGUCUAAAUGUGGUGACAAUGAUCUUCGUUCUCUCGGCUAUAGAUCCCAAUCGUAUGCAAAACGUAAUCAACAAAAUCGGAGAGUAUCUGAAAGUGGGCGGACUGUUGCUGUUCCGAGACUAUGGUCGCUAUGACAUGACUCAAGUGAGGUUCAAAGCGGGUCAUUGUCUUAAAGACAAUUUCUAUGUUCGCGGCGACGGAACCAGAGCUUACUUCUUCACUCAAGAGGAGAUCGACUCCAUGUUGACGAGCGCUGGACUCAAGAAGUUAUUCUUACGUUCAGACAAACGUCUUCAAGUGAAUCGCGCCAAACAGGUCCGCAUGUAUAGGGUGUGGAUUCAGGCCAAGUAUUGCAAACAAUGACCACUCAUUACAGUGGUUAUAGGGAUUGUAAUAAAUGUACAAAAUUAAGAUUUCAGUCAAAAUUUAUUGGAAAUAAUAAUAAAUUUAUAGCUAAUAGUAAAUGAAUUGCUUAUAAAAAAAGCUGCGCUUCAAGAGAGGGCUGCCUUUAUUGUCACC